AUGGCGCAGGCAAGGCAAAGCCGGGCUCUCAUCAUCGUCAACACCGAUUUCUGCAGCAGUGCUGGCGAUGAGGCGCUCGGGGCCCGGAGAGGAGCCAAGAGGGAAGCAGAGAAGCUUUCGAACGCGCUCUCAGAACUCAACUACGAGGUGAAGCUGAUGCACAACAGGACGGCCAAAGAGAUGGAAGACCUUUACCAGCAAGAGUGCAGCCGCGAGCAUGGGGAUUUCUUCGUGAGCAUCAUCUCCAGCCACGGGGAGGAGGGGGCCGUAUUCGGCUCUGACUGCAAGCCUCUUAAGCUGACCCGGAUCUUCCGGAUUUUGUCACCGCAGAAUUGCCCGGUGCUCGCUGAAAGACCUAAAGUCUUCUUUAUCCAGGCCUGCCGGGGGGGCACGCUGGACCAGGGGGUGUUUUUGGAGACUGACGGCGGGCAGCCGGAGCCAUGCAGCUUCUCGGAGUACCUCCGCAUACCUCCCAACACCGCCGUCAUGUUUGCCUGCAGCCCGGGCUACGGGGCCUUCCUGAACCCCUCAGGAUCCAGUUUCCUGCAGGUGCUGCUCAGGGCGCUGGACGGGGAGGAGCGGAGCCUGGCCCUCAACCGCCUGGCCACCCGGCUCAACGGGGACGUGGCCCUUCGCUUCCAGGCUCGGGGCACCUACGAGGGCUGCAAGCAGAUGCCCUGCUUCGUCACCAACCUGCCACGGGAGGUCUUCCCCUUCUCGGCCAUGUCUGAGAGCCACUGGCUCCUUCCCAGCCUGGCUGCGCAGGGAGGGCCGGAGGAGGAAGAGCGGCAGCCUGGCUGCAAGAAGUCCCUGGCUACGUAG